CAGGCAAUUUUCCCUUCGAUCUCGCAAGAAAAGGUGAGAAGCAGAAAUGAUGCAGAUCUUCGUGCGGACUCCGUCAGGUAAAACCAUUACACUCGCAGUAGAGAGUUCUGACACGGUCGAGAGCACCAAGCGCAAAAUAGCGGCCAAAGACGGUCUCCCAGUCUACCGCCAGAGCCUGGUCUACAAUGAGAGGGAAAUGAGGAACGAACGCUUGCUUGGAGACUACCACGUACUAGAGGGCAGUACCCUCCACCUGUAUAGUCCAACAGAGGAGAUAAGGCUGCGUGUGAGGCAACCUUCAGGUGAGCUGGUCUCAGUCACGGCAGGGAAAGGAGAGAGAGUGGAGGAUGUUAAGGCAGUGCUGGAGGCUGAACUGGGUAUUCCACCAGAACAUCAGCGACUGUCUUUCCAAGGCCAGGCACUAGAG